AUGAGUUCAGUCAGCUCUGCCACUGCCGAUACCUUAACGAAUAAUCAAGAUGAUGAAGAGGAAACUGCCACAGGGAAUCUACCGUUAACCAAACUAGAGGGCAAUGGCAUCAACUCUGGCGACAUAAAGAAACUAAUAAGCGCUGGCUACCAUACCGUAGAGUCCGUGGCCUAUGCACCGAAAAAGUUUCUACUGGCCAUAAAAGGUUUCUCCGAAGCCAAAGUCGACAAACUCUCAUCCGAAGCCGCCAAAUACGUUCCAAUGGGAUUUACCUCUGCCAGUGAAUACCAUUUAAAACGCUCCGAACUCAUUCAACUAACGACAGGUUCGAAAGAACUGGACAAUUUAUUGAGAGGCGGCAUCGAAACCGGUUCGAUAACCGAAAUCUUCGGAGAAUUUCGUACCGGAAAAACCCAAUUGUGCCACAUGCUGGCUGUGACUUGUCAGUUACCGACUGACCAAGGAGGCGGCGAAGGUAAAUGCUUAUACAUAGACACAGAAGGCACAUUUAGACCCGAAAGAUUAUUAGCAAUAGCUGAACGAUACGAAAUGGACGGACAGAAUGUCUUAGAUAACAUCGCAGUAGCUAGAGCUUACAGCACCGAUCAUCAAUCGGAGUUAUUAUUACACGCUGCUGCUAUGAUGUCCGAAACAAGGUACGCUUUGUUAGUAGUCGACAGUGCGACUGCCCUUUACCGAACCGACUAUUCAGGCAGGGGAGAACUAUCGGCAAGACAAAUGCAUCUAGCUCGAUUUCUGAGGAAUUUACUACGUCUAGCUGAUGAGUUCGGUGUUGCUGUGGUGAUAACGAAUCAGGUAGUAGCUCAAGUAGAUGGAUCUGCAAUGUUCAACGCAGAUCCGAAGAAGCCCAUUGGCGGUAAUAUCAUUGCGCACGCGUCGACUACUCGACUGUAUCUGCGAAAAGGCAGAGGCGAGACGAGGAUGUGCAAGAUAUACGAUUCUCCUUGUUUACCGGAAUCCGAAGCCAUGUUUGCCAUAAAUCCGGAUGGUAUCGGAGACGCUAAAGAUUAG